GACACACCUGGGCAAGGAGGUUUAGUCAGAGUGGUUGGCACACUUUGAGGUUUGCAAUGGGGGAAAUAGAGAUAUUUCUUUGCCUUAUUCUGGGACAUUAUAUUACUGCUCAAUCAGUAAUAAAAAAUCAGGAUGCCACAUUUUUCCAUGACGUCCCAGGAUUUAUUGAUGGCAUCGUACCUCUUCCCUUUGAAAGAAAUUUUGAUUUACCUUCACAUGGCCCUGCCUUUCACAUGCUCUCUGAAUUACCUCCCAUCCCCUUUGUUCCCAGAGUAGAAGUGUUUUGUGACGAAUCAAAGAUAACUAUUUUGGUAGAUAAGAGGAGCUCCAACGGAUUCUUGCUGACUGGAGAGGAGAUACAGUUUGGUGACGGCUGCUAUAGCAACAGAGAGCUACCAAACCAAUUUGUCUUCACUUACAGUUUGGAUGAGUGUGGAACUACACCUGUGAUGCAGAAUGGCUUUGUUAGGUUUACCAACUCUCUCUACUUGAAUCUCAAAACGACUCCCACCACCUGGUGGCCAGCUCCGCCCACAGUUCACAUCUCUUGCCUCCCAAAAAGGUCAUAUCCAAACUUCUUUGACUCAAUGACAUUUCCUGAAAAUGGAAAGACCUUUAACAUCGACGCCAUGAAUCCCUCCUGGACCAGCACUGCAGACUCUAAUAUCUAUACAAGAGGUCAGUCUGUCAACCUCCAGGUUUCUGCCAAAACCAUGCCAGAGCGGCAGCAGCUUUUCAUCCAGUCCUGUUUUGUCUCUGCAUCUCCUGAGCCUCAUACUAGGCCCAAGCAACCAGUCAUAAUGAAUAAAGGGUGCACAGCCCCAUUGGGUUCCCCUCAUGCUGUUGUACAAUUUGUGGCCUCUGGUAGAGCGGAUGUGGUUAAUUUAGUUCUGAACACAUCUUAUCUAAUUUCUGAGCUGUACAUCCACUGCAGCGUCUUGAUCUCAGACCAGGGGGUCAACUUUGGCUCUAAAUCAUGCAACUACAACUUGAUCCAGUCAAGAUGGGAGGACCUUAGUGGUAAUGUAGAAGUAUGCAAGUGCUGUACAUCAAAGUGUAAAGGUCUGCAAAUCAAGAACCUUCCUGAAGGUGCCAAGGCUAUGGUCAGCACUGGCCCCUUUGUCAUUGUCGAGAAACCUAUAGAGCCACGUCUCUCUGAAUCGCAAGAAACCUCCAGUGCUCCUGUUGCAGAAGCCAUGCAGUCUGAUCGUGCAGUGACUGAGGCCACAAUUGUUUCUGGUACAUCUGUAUCAAGACCCCGUCAGGCUGUGGUGGUUGUGAGUCAGGACCCAGUUGCCAGGCUGACCUUUUGGCUACCUGGACAGGUGCGAGAUACUGGACACAGCGAGAAGAUCAAUUCUGAGGACAUUUUGACAUUUAAGUUACAGGCAAGUGACAUCCGGUCAACUGAGAUUCAACCUUCAUCCACAGAUCAGGAGCCUCUUCUGAACAUGCCCACAAACAUGGUCAUAGAUCAAAGUGCAAAUGAACUAGGAAGUGACUUUAAUUAUCUGACACUAGUUGAUGGAUUGGCAAUUCCCAUUUCCCAUUUUGGAAGAUCUGGAAUUUUUGACACAGAAGCUCUACAAGAUGAUGACAUCCCCUCGACAGCUGACAUGAAUGUCCUAAACCAGAAUGAUUUUAACAAAAUGAGAGAGGGGCUGGCAGUGACGCCCCAAGAAGAAUCAAAUGAUGCCCAACCGACCGUUCUUUCGAAACUCCAGUUUUCCAAAGGCAUGGAUGGAUGGGAUACAAAGAAAACAGGAGCCCAGAAGGAGAGGGCUGCACUCAACUUUCCCGGAUUGGUUGAGGAGGAUGGACAAAGCAGAAUAAUUGCAUCUUUAAUAUGAAUAUUUUCUAAUGGCACUUCAA